UUUUGGUUAUUGCUAAUAAAUAGAGGUUAAGUAGGUUAUUACUGUGUAAAGCUCUUUCACUGGUAAAAGACCCCGUAAACCUGCAAAAGAUUAAGCCCGGAGGGAAUGAGUGUUUGCCCGGAGCCUGGAGGGAGUGGGUGUUUGCCUAGAGCCCCGGGGACAGUGAUGGGGGAAUCCUCCUAAUCAUCUCCUUUGAUUCCACUCUUCUUGGUUCAGAGACUGUAUCAUAUAGAGAGCAUUUAACCAUGUCCCGAAGGGUUAAUCCAGGUGGGAGAGGCUGAGUCUGUGCUGUAAUAAAGUCACAAAGGGUAUGUCUGCACUGCAAUAAAACAUCUGUGGCAUGCCCCUGUCAGCUGACUUGGACUCAUGGGAAUCGGGUUGUGGGGCUGGAUCCUGACCCUGGACGUAUAUACACUGCAAUUUGUUAACUCUGUAGCCUGUAGGCUAACCAUGGGUUUUGUUGCAGUGUAGAUGUACCCUAAGUGUUUCUCAGUGAAGCAAAAUCUAGAAUGUCUGUUUUCAGGGAGAACGCCUGCAACGAAUAGAGAAUGUAAAAUGGACAAAACCUCCUCUGAAAUCGCUCCAAUUGCCCUUCUCACCCUGACAGGCUGCAAGAUAACAUCUAUAUUUUGCUCCAGAUCAUCCCACACUCCCAGGGGAAAGGAAAUGGCAUCAGUGGAGCUGGCUCAGGGGCCAGUGACCUUUGAGGAGCUGGCUGUGUACUUCACGGAGGGGGAAUGGGCUCUGCUAGACCCUGCCCAGAGAGCCCUCUACAGGGAGGUCAUGCAGGAGAACUAUGCCACUGUGGCCUCACUGGGGUUUCCAGUUUCCAAACCUGAUGUGAUCUCCUGCCUGGAACGAGGGGAAGAGCGGUGGGUCCCAGAUCUCCGGGGCUCUGAGGAAAGAGAGCUCCAGAAAGGUGCCCAGACAGGUGAUCGGAUGGUGAGUGAAACUGUGGAGCAGAAUCCACAGCAGGAAGAUGCUGAGCAAGUAGAACCACAUCAUACAUUAGCAGGAAGAUCCAAACGGAAAGUUUCUUGAAAUUGUGCAGAGGCAAAAUCCUGUGAGAGUCAACAUAGGCCAGAGAAAAGCUUCGGUACGUUAUUAGACAUUAUUUGACAUGAAAGAAUGAACAUGGGAGAGAGACCCUACACAUGCCUUGAGUGUGGAAAAAGUUUUAGUCAGAGCUCAACCCUCAUCGCACAUCGGAGAAUCCACACUGGAGAGAGGCCGUACACAUGCUCUGAAUGUGGGAAAAGCUUCAAUCGGAACUCACACCUCAUCACACAUCAGAGAAUCCACACAGGAGAGAGACCCUACACAUGCUCUGAAUGUGGGAAAAGCUUCAAUCGGAACUCAAACCUUAUCACGCAUCGGAGAAUCCACACAAAAGAGACUCCCUACAGAUGCUCUGAGUGUGGGAAAAGCUUCAGUCACGGCUCAGCCCUGAUCACCCAUCGGAGAAUCCACACUGGAGAGACGCCCUUCACAUGCCCUGAGUGCGGGAAACGCUUCAAUCACAGCUCACACCUCAUCACACAUCAGAGAAUUCACACAGGAGAGACACCUUACAUGUGCUCUGAGUGUGGGAAAAGCUUCUGUCGGAGAGCUACUCUUAUCACGCAUCGGAGAAUCCACACGGGUGAGACACCCUACUCGUGCUCCGAGUGCAGGAAAAGCUUCAGUGAGAGUUCAGACCUUAUUAGGCAUUGGAUAAUCCACACAGGAGAGAAACCGUACACAUGCCCCGAGUGUGGGAAAAGCUUCAACCACAGCUCAAACCUGAUCACACAUCGGCGAAUCCACACUGGAGAGACGCCCUAUACCUGCCUUGAGUGCGGGAAAAGCUUCACCCAGAGCUCACACCUUAUCACACAUCGGCGAAUCCACACGGGAGAGCGACCCUACACGUGCUCUGAGUGCGGGAAAAGCUUCAACCACAGCUCAAACCUUAUCACACAUCAGCGAAUCCACACAGGAGAGACGCCCUAUAUAUGCUCUGAGUGCAGGAAAAGCUUCAGUGAGAGUUCAGACCUUAUUAGGCAUUGGAGAAUCCACACAGGAGAGAAACCCUACAUAUGCCCUGAGUGUGGGAAAACCUUCAACCACAGCUCAAACCUGAACAAACAUCGGCGAAUCCACACUGGAGAGACGCCCUACACCUGCCUUGAGUGCGGAAAAAGCUUCACCCAGAGCUCACACCUUCUCACACAUCAGCGAAUCCACACGGGAGAGCGACCCUACACAUGCUCUGAGUGUGGGAAAAGCUUCAAUCGGAGCUCAAACCUCCUCACACAUCAGAGAGUCCAUGUAGGGAAGACACUCUCCUCAUGCUCUGAGUGUGGGAAAAGCUUCCGUCGGAGCUCAGCCCUGAUUAGUCAUCAGCGAAUCCAUAGAGGAGUGACAAACUACACCUGCCCUGAGUGUGGGAAAAGUUUUAAUAAGAGCUCAAUUUUCAUCAAACAUAAGAGAAUCCACACAGGCGAGUAACGCCGUAAAUCAGGGCUUCUCAACCUUUUCUUUCUGAGGCCCCCUCAACCUGCUAUGAAAACUCCAGGGCCCCCAACGGGUGGGUAGCAACUCAGGGAUCUGGGCCCGGGGGUGGGAUCCUUGGGCAUAGGUGUACUUUGACUUCUAUUUUUGGGGGGUAAGGGCUGGCAAGGCUUGGGCUAGCUCCACACAGCCGGGUCCAGGGAGGCAGUGCCACCUCCACCCCUGACUCACCUCAGCAGCCACCCACCUGUCUGGGGCUUUGUCCUGGUGGCUGCUCCCGAACAGCUCUGCUGGCCUCGGAGCCAGGUCCCUGCCUGGGCAGCUGUAACUGGCUGCAUGAGCAGUCAAAGCAGGCUGCAACCCUGGGCACCAGCAGCAGAUGGAGUGGGCAGCCCUGGCAUUCCCCCAUGACACCAGCAGCCAGAAGAGCAGCUGCCCCGCACUGCCUGGCUCCAGAUUCCCAUCUCUGACCUGGCCAGAGGUGGGGCUUGAGGGGGGCUGAGGGAGUGGAGGAGGUGAGGGGGUGGAGCUGCCCCCAGGACUGCCACAUUCUGGGUAAGGCACUGCAGUUGUGGGGGGGGCGGGGUGCCUCCUCAACUUUGCUCGUGGGCUCAGGGCUUCAGCCCUGUGCCUCUCCCGGAUUCCGUUGGGGGAGCUCGGGGUUUCAGCUCCCUGCCGCUCUGACUUCAGAGGCGGGAGGGGAGCUCAGGGUUUCAGCCCUGCACUGCUCCCAGCUUCGGUGGGGGAGGGAAAGAGGGGAGCUCAGGGUUUCAGCCCCGUGCUGCUCCUGGAUUCAGUGGUUGGGGGGAGGGGAGCUUGGGGUUUCAGCCCUGUGGCGGGGCGCUGAGACUCGGGGUCUCAGCUGUGGGUCCCCACGGACUCCCUGAAAGGGCUUGCAGAACCCCAGGGGCCCCCGGACCUCCAGUUGAGAACCACCGCCAUAAAUGUCUUAGGGCUGGCCAAAGAUUUUUUGUAAAAUACAGUAGCAAAUUCCCACGUAGUUUGUACCAUUUUCUUCAGUGUAGUCUCUCAGCUUCACGUGAGUUGCCUGCCUCUGUCUUUUGCCCCUUCCCAUUUGGGGUGAAUCACAUCAUCCUUUAUCAACUCCUUUACUUUAUAAGUCCUGGGAGUGUGUCCUCCUCCUGCCAGAAAUAUCCAUCAGCACCAUGUGCGGGAGAUAGUGUUCACCUUGAUUAGCUACACUGAAGUAAAAAUGGCCCGUGCCUUGUCUCCACUGGGAUUGUACAUGGAGGUAGCCACUCAGUUUAGAGAUCUUGUAACACAACUACAUUUGUACUGCAGACAUAACCUGGGUAGAGUGGCUGGGGUUAGCUUUCCCCUGGACCUGAGCUCACCACCAUCAUUCUUCCUACUCUGGACAAACCCAAGCAUCGCAUCGAUACCAUUCCCCCAUUACAAUGUGAUUGAUAGUCACUGUGUUCCCCCUUGGGGACAGAUUGUCUCAAUCCCAGUUGUUCUCACCUUGCUCGGGGUUUUGCAGGACAGAAAUAUUUUUUUCUACCAUUUUCUUCAUGUAUAAUAGAUUGAAAUAGAACAAAGUGGGGUAGGAAAAAUAUCAUUUCAUACUCUGUGACUCCUGAAGGAGACAGGGUGAGUCAAAGGGAUUCCCUCCUUCCCCAUCACUGUCACAAUCCCCUCUCGGCCUAGCAGCAUUAGCUUCUAUGUGAGCCACAAUAGUGUUUAUCCUCCCCACGUUCUACCCCUGCACCUCCCAAAGUGUCACGUGAUGCCGUGUUCUGAGCGCUCCCUGUGCUUAGGUGUCACGCUUUGAUCGUAAAUCAGACUCACUGGGGCUAGAGAUGAAAGUGUCACAGGCUUGGAAGGGGAAUUUGAUUGGAUCCCAAAAACAGAGUAAUCAUUCUGUGCUUUCAUCUCUGCUUCCAGCUCUUGGCAAAGCUGCUUCUGGGCUUUUUCCUGCAAAGCAUGGGUUGUCUGCAGAUGGGAAGGUUAGCUGCUUUCCCCCCUUGUGAUUAAGCUAAAUCUUUUGUAAGUAACAUGACUCAGUAAUAAUGAGGUGGCACAGACUGAAGGAAAAUUGAACUGAUCAGAGGAGAAUACAAUGGGAGAACUGUUUUGAUUUUGGGUUAUCAGACAACCUGCUCUGGAAUUUCAUUUUAUAUGAAACUGAAAGUGUUUUCCACUCCUUUGUGUUGUGGGUUUUUCUCUCUGUCCUGAAGUCAGUUUGGUCUAAUAAUUGGAUAUUACCUUUGUUUGACAGAAUGUACCCAGAUUUAUUGGGGACUUGGAGACAAAUGACCGUUUGCUAAAACGAUAUUUUAUGUGUGUCUUUUCCCCACCCCUGUAUGGUGACAUGGAAGAAGUUCAAGUGUAGUUCAGCCAGCAGGAAAGAAUAUUCCAACUAUUGGGCAUGCUCCCAAGGAAACAGUAGCAAUUUAAAAUUUCUGCUUUGAAACAGUGAAGAACAUUAUAUUGCAAAUUGUGCAACGAACUGACAUGAUCACACUUGUUGUGGGUGCAAUAUAAAUUAAUAGCGAGAUAUCCAAUAUCUAGUCUUAAUCAAUUUAUUAAUCAAGGAUUAAUACAGCAUAAUACAGAAAGGAAGAGUGCUUAUGUUACCAAUGCCUCUGAAAGACAGGAGUUGCAGUGCUCACACUGUCUCAGAGAUCCUGUGCUUAUCCCUUCUGUAUUUAUACCUAAGUGGGGGGGAGUUUCACAAUUUUCCCUACAUCACUUUAUCUAUCUUUCUUCUCUAUUUUCUGUGACAUGUUUUUCAUAGACAGUAAUUGCUACACCUUCUAUGUGGGGCAUAUGUUAAAAGUUUCAACAUGGCUUAUAUUUUACAUUUUGACUGUUAUACAGACCCCAUGCAUUAAACAAAAACAGAGAAGCACGUACACAAGACUAGAAUUUUGUUUUGAACAUUCCAGGCCUAGCAUUACCUAUUUUUCUGCUAUGUUUGUGCCUAGCCCUGUCAUUACAAUACUUCAGCUAUCUCUUUCUGUAACAUAAAUAGAAAAGCAUUUUGGAAGAUCUUAAGAUGAGGACAAUUAAAGAAAUAUGUGAUAUUAUAUAUAAUGUUAAUAUUGUAUGUACUAUUUAAUAUUGGCUAACAUUAUAGAAAUUACAAACUUUCUCUAACAUAACUUCAUCUCUAUUGUAGUAGCCAGGUAUAUCAUAACACUUAGAAACUGGGUUUUUUAAAGUGCAUUUUACAAGCUUCGUGUACCUUAGUUUUUGCUGAACUUGCAUUCUCCAGCACAGAUACAAAGGAGAAGUUCGUACAAAGGUCACAGCAUCUACCUAUCAUACAGUUUCAGAGCAUUUAACGUGAAUAUAAAGGACUUCAAGUUCGAUACACUUUACAUAAUCACUAUUGACUACUUUCUUAUUUUGAUUAUAAAUACCAUUAUUUCACUUACAGUUGCUAUAAUAUAUUUUUAUCAGUUAUCACACUUUUACUUAUAAGAACUGAUUUCCCAGUAAAUCUUAUCCAGGCAAACCCAUGGUUUGAAAUAAAACAAUUUGCAUCCCUGAAUAAUAGUUUUGAUUGUGAGAGCUUUGGUAAGCAAGUUACAUUCCAGAAUAAUGGUCAUGGUAGAACUCAGGUUUCAGUAAAAUUCCAUUCUUACAUGGUAGCUGUCCUUGCAACAGCACUGCCGUGAUUUCACAACCUGCCUUUUUACACUUUAGUUUAGCUGAAGAGAAUACUGAUUCAGUUCACUCAAUAGCCCAGUUGCAAAUCCCUCUGGUCCAGUUUGGUCAGCAAAUGUUAUGAAGCAUUUUGGGUUUUAAUUUAGUUUGGUAAACACAGUGUUAUUCAGGGUUAUGGCAAUAUAGUUUCAGAUGAUCUGGGAAGUGUAUUGCCCAGUCAGUGACUUGGAACUCGGAAAAAGGCCCAUGGAUUUGGAUCCCAAAGGAAUUGUGGCUUUGCAGGAGGUUACUGUUGAAAAUAUUUCUUUCCGAAUCAGGUGCAUGCUGCCUGUUAUUUGGGAAGCCCAGUCUGCAGAGAUGGAGAAAAUGGAAGUCUGGCCCCAGGGGUGAGGUUGCAGGCGGAAGGGGUGGAGCCAAGGGUUAGCCUCCCCAAGGGGGGGCUCCACCAGCUGCCCGUCGGUAUAUAACACAAUACACAGCCGCUUCCUUGGGAUCCUGUUUUAGUGUUUAUAAGGGCUGAUGUUCUGCUGUGUUACUCUGAUGAUUUCACCCAAUUGAUGACACGUUAUUCCAAUGUAGUAUCCUUGUUAAUGCAUUAAUUCACUGAUUUGACCAUAACUGUAUUGUUUAACUCUUAGUUAGCUGCAUAGUGAUAGUGUUUACAGUAAUUUACCCUUAGUGAUGUGUGGUCUCGAUUUUUUUCAUUUUAAUAAACUGUAUAAAAGGGA